AUGGCGUCCCUUCCCGAACCAGUUGCCAUCAUCGGCACUGGCUGCCGCUUUCCAGGCUCGACUUCUUCCCCUUCCAAGCUCUGGGAUCUCCUCCACACUCCUCACAACCUCGCUUCCAAGACCCCCAGCGACCGCUUCAACCACGAUGCCUUCUAUCACCCAGACACUCACCAUGGCACGGGAAACGCCCCGGAGUCGUACUUCCUGUCCGAGAACAUCCAGCAGUUCGAUGCAUCCUUCUUCAACAUCUCCCCGACUGAAGCGGAGGCCAUGGACCCCCAGCAGCGGUUACUGCUAGAGGUGAUCUACGAGUCCCUCGAGCGAGCAGGGCUACGCACAGAAGCUCUCCAAGGCUCCAACACCGGCGUUUUCUGUGGCCUGAUGAACACGGAUUACAGCAACAUCAUGACAAACGAUUGGGACGAUAUCCCGACCUACACGUCCUCCGGUGGGGCCGCUUCGAUGCUGUCGAAUCGCGUCUCCUUCUUCUUCGACUGGCAUGGCCCGUCAAUCACAAUUGAUACCGCCUGCUCAUCGAGCUUAGUAGCAAUGCACCAAGCAGUGGAUGCACUGCGCAAGGGCGAUUGCCCAGUCGCCAUCGUGGCGGCGAGUAAUCUGAUUCUCAGUCCUAGAGAGUAUAUCGCUGCAUCCAAGCUGCGGUUAUUGUCACCGACGGGUCGGUGUCGGAUGUGGGAUCGCGAUGCAGACGGGUAUGCCCGAGGGGAGGGCAUCGCGGCCGUGGUGUUGAAGCGACUGAGCGACGCGGUACGGGAUGGUGAUCCCGUGGAAUGUGUUGUGCGUGCGACAGGCGUCAAUGCCGAUGGCCGCAGUAUGAGUUUGACCAUGCCCUCGUGGACGGCUCAGUCGAGGUUGAUCCAGUCGACCUAUGCCAGCGCGGGACUGGAUCCUAAGUCUCGUCCGGAGGAUCGAUGCCAGUACUUCGAGGCCCAUGGGACUGGAACCCAGGCCGGAGACCCGCAAGAGGCAACGGCGCUGUAUGAUGCCUUGUUUGACGGGAGCUCUCGGCCUAAGGAGCCUUUGUAUGUGGGCUCCAUCAAGACGGUUAUCGGUCAUACGGAGAGCGUAGCGGGUUUGGCUGGCGUUAUCAAGGCGUCGCUGUGCGUUCAGCACGGGGUCAUUCCGCCGAAUAUGUUCUUCAACCAUAUUAACCCCACGAUUGCACCCUAUACAACCCAUCUGCGGGUACCUACCAGUGCAAUGCCGUGGCCUGCUCUCGCACCAGGAGUACCCCGUCGAGUUUCGGUCAACUCCUUCGGCUUCGGGGGCACCAAUGCACACGUCAUUCUUGAAAGCUAUACUCCUGUAGGUCCAAGUCCGGAGAGGGCAUUGUUACCGCAAAUGCUACCAUUUGUCUUCUCAGCAGCCACAGAGAAGUCUUUAGUGCAGUUGCUUCACCGACACAUUCAAUAUCUACAGGAAAACCCCGAGAUCGACCUCAUAAACCUAGCAGAGUCUUUGAUACAGAACCGAUCUCUUCUGAACUAUCGUCUCAUUCUAACGGCAUCUUCGGUUGACGAGCUUCAUACCAAACUGGAGAAAGAGGUUGGCGAUCGCAGCUCGAAUUUGACGAUCGCUAAGCCCCGAGCGAGCUCUAAGGGAGUCUUCGGCGUAUUUACCGGCCAAGGUGCACAGUACCCUCAGAUGUGCUGGGGCCUCAUCUCGUGUAGCUCCCAAGCCCUUGGCUGGUUGAACGAGCUACAGGAUUCUCUGGCCUCCCUUCCGCAAGAGUACUGCCCCGACUUCUUGCUAGCAGACGAACUCUCGGCCCCCAUGCAUGACUCCCGAAUUCACGAGGCGGUGAUAUCCCAAACCCUUAGAGCAGCCACUCAACUAGUCCAAGUGAACCUGCUCCGAGCUUUGGGAGUGACUUUCUCUGCGGUUGUUGGACACUCCUCCGGUGAGAUCGCGGCAGCAUACGCAGCUGGCGUGGUUUCGGCAUCGGAUGCAAUCAGGCUAGCGUAUCUGCGAGGCUGGGCUACCAACCAAGCCAUGAAUUACCGUGGACAGAGAGGAGCGAUGCUGGCGGGCGCGAUGUCCUGGGAAGACGCGGUCUCCCUCUGUGAAGAUGGGGGUUUCGGUGGGCGGAUCGUAGUGGCGGCCAGCAAUUCCCCAAUGAGCGUCACAUUUUCGGGGGAUACGGAUGCGUUGCAGGAUUUGGAAUGGAUUCUGCGGAGCUUGAAUAUCAGCGCACGCUCUCUGCGGGUCGAUACGGCGUACCACUCCCAUCAUAUGGUGCCUUGCGCCGAGAUUUAUCUUCGUGCUAUCAAAGCUUGUGACAUUCGGUACAAACCGCCCAAGGUGCCGUGGUACUCCAGUGUAUACCAUUCCAGAAGCCUUGUCAGAGAUGACCUCUGCCAUGAAUACUGGCCAGAGAAUAUGCUUCGUCCUGUCUUGUUCUGUGAAGCUGUUCAAGCUGUGUUUUCCGAUAUGUUGCAUCCGAAUCUGAUUGUGGAGGUCGGCCCACAUCCGACUCUUGAAGGGCCUGUCCUUCAGAUCCUGCAAAACUUUCACCAAACGGUUCCCAAUGUGUCUCAUUAUGUGGGCCUGGCUCACCGCGAAAGCGGUACUUUUGAGGCUAUUGCCAAUGCCAUCGGGAUAUUCUGGAAUCAUCAGCUACCAGAUCUCGAGAUUGAGAAGUUUGUCAAGUUGUUUGACCCCAGUCAUGACUGCAUGUUCUUGAAGGACCUUCCAACAUAUCCAUUUGAUCACACACGUUCCUACUGGGCCAUGUCACGUUGGGUUAAUGCCCGUUUGCACCGUACUGAUCCGCCGCAUUAUUUGCUGGGAGCACUAAGUCCUGAGACCGCAGAGAACGAAUGGCGAUGGCGGAACUUUCUCAGUCGGACGGAGUUAGUAUGGUUAAAUGAUCACAAGGUUCAAUCCCAGGCUGUGUUCCCGGCCACGGGCUACAUUGUCAUGAUGCUGGAGGCAGCCUUCAUAAUGACGCGAGGACAGUCGUUACGUCUCUUCGAGAUUGAUGAAAUGCACAUCAAGCGCGCCAUCAGCAUCCCUGACCACCCCCAGGGCAUUGAAGUCAUCUUCAGAGUUGAGCAAGAAUCAAACAAGAAUGAUGUGAUUCGGGGUGGGUUUACAUGCUAUUCGAACAUUGCAGGCAGCCUGAAAACCUGCGCUUCGGGUCGAGUCACGCUAUCCAUGGGCGAGCCGGACACAAUGUCUCUGCCUCCGCGACGCAUGCACACUCCAGCCACACGAACAAUUGAUCUCGAUGGUUUCUAUACCGGCUUGCAGGGGAUCGGCUUGGACUACCGUGGUGCAUUUAGAGGUCUCAAAGCUGUUGCCAGGCAAUCGAAUGGAUCAACUGGUGUCGUCUCCUGUACAGGCACAGCAUCAUCAGUGUUGCAUCCAGCUGUCAUGGACUCUAGUCUUCAUGGUAUGCUGGCUGCCGUGAAAUUACAGACACCAAGUGUGCCUGUGUUUAUUGAGCAUAUCGUCAUGAAUCCAUUACUCUGCCGCGAAGAGUCGCUGGAGAUUAGACAGGAUUUGAUUGUCGAUACCGUUCUCCUUGAGGAUACAGUCGAUGGAGCGAAGGCGGACAUUUACACGUUCGACCACGAAGGGCAUGGUGUCUAUAUCAUCGAAGGCUUCCAAGUCGCUCCUCUUGUCGUUCCGGAGGACCGAGCCAUCUUUUCUGAGAUUGUCUGGGGACCACUCGUGCCCCAUGCUGUGGCAAAUUCGACUGAUAAAAACUCGGAAACCGAAUUGGAUCUGUAUUGCGCUGAGCAUUGUGCUCUGCUUUACAUACGAGAUGUCUGGGAGACCUUGGACGCUGUAAAGUGUGAAAGCUUGAGUCCUUAUCAUGCGAGUAUGGUCCAGUGGAUGGGAAAGGUCCUGCAGAUGACACGUGAUGGUACACACCCAACAUAUCAGCCUGAAUGGUUGUAUGAUACUAUCGACGAAGUGCUAGAGACCACCGCUGGAACUAGCUCGGGCUGGCACCACCUGAAGACAGCUGGAGAAAACUUACCCAGAAUACUAGAAGGAUCCGUAGGUCCGAUAAAGACACUCUGUCGCGACGACGAUGACGUCUAUGGUUCUGGCAGAUCAUAUGUGGACUUCUUUGACAGCAACCCUAACAGCUCUGAGGUUGCGACCUUUGUGGAACAAAUUGUCUUCCGCUAUCCUCAAGUGAAGAUUUUGGAGCUGAAUGCUGGAAAGGGACGGACGACAAGAUCUAUUCUCAGCAAGAUCGGCCCCUCGUAUCAGUCGUACACCAUCACAGACGGAUCCGCGACUCGCCUCUCAGAGGCACGGGAGGAAUUCAUAAGGGAGGACAACCCAAAUUUGAUCUUGCAGCAGCUUGAUAUCGAGAAAGACUUGGACGAGCAAGGCUAUGAAACUGGAUCUUAUGAUGUUGUUGUUGCUGCUAACUUCCUAACUCAAACCCACAAUCUCCGCGAGACAUUGGCGAAGAUUCGUCGUCUGCUUAAGCCAGGUGGCUAUCUAGUCGCGCGGGAGAGCACCAACCUCAAUAUCAGUCGGGUUCUCCUCACACAUUGUGCUACAGAAAAGUGGUGGCAGGAUGAGUGCGACGCUCGCCAGUGGACUCCACUUCUCAACAUCCAGGAAUGGGAGAAGCUGCUUCAACUUACCGGAUUUGGAGGUUUCGAGGCGAUCUCACCUGCUGGUCAACUUGAUCUGGACUCGACAUUUGUCUCGCAAGCUAUUGAUGAUGAGCUUCUGCUGCAGCGUAACCCGUGGACGUUCUCCGGCCGGCUUGCUGGGGAUGCUUGGAUCGUCGGCGGUGCGACAAACGCAACUGCGAGUCUUGUAUCAGGUCUCGAGGCUCUCUUGGCACGCUUUUUCAACAGCGUUAUCAUAUCAUCCACAUUAGAAGCGCUGAACCUACAAGAAUUGCCCAGAGCAUAUGUUCUAGUGUUGAGCGACAUUGAUUCCCCGUGUUAUGAGGAACUCACGGAGGAGCGACUGGGUGGAAUCCGAGCAAUAGUGAACAACGCCAGUCGGCUUCUGUGGGUGACUGCCGGACUCGAGAGCCAGAAUCCGCUCUGGGCAAUGACAAAAGGUAUAAUCAACUGCGUUACAUACGAGAACCCGCAGUUUCUCUCACAAUAUCUGAACAUUCCUGGACGAGACGAUGUUACCGCGCCCGGGGUGGCUACCAUCUUUCUGCGUCUGUCCCACACGGCCCAAGGCAAUGACUUCACUCUGACAGACCGCGUACAUAGCAUUGAGCCGGAGCUACAGCUUGUCGGCGGUGCAUUGCAGAUUCCACGUUAUCAUCUUAGCAAUGCUAUGAAUAAUCGGUACCUAGCUGGCCGACGCAGAGUGAUUGGACAUGCUAAUCUGCAUCAAUCAGUUGUUCAGAUUCUUUCGCCAAAGGGCCGACGUCGUGAGUUCAGGCUGUCCCAGAAAAUAAGGGUCAGCACUGGAAAUUAUCGGAAGCUUGCUGCCCACCGCUAUCUUGCAGUGGACUACUCUACAUUGAGUGCUUAUCAAGUGGAUGGUGCGGGCUUUCUCUACUUGCUGAUUGGUCGCGAUGUGAACGGCCAGACACGUUGGUUUGCACUAUCAUCGGAGAAUGCAUCAUUGGUCAAAGUACCUCUAAGCUGGUGUUUUCGCGUCCCUGAGCAUCUUUCCGAAGCUGCCUUGCCCACGUUUCUGGAUAGGAUGGCUGCAGCAUUUAUGUUAAUCUGUGCACUGAGCCAUGGACUCUCUGACACGUCAAUAUUGGUCCAUGGGCUCGAGUCGAUGCAUGGAUCGAUACAAGAAGCGUUUCUGACUCUAGGUCCUGUUCGAGGCAUGCGAGUAUAUCUCAGUACCCAAGACAUGGCUGCAUCCUGGGAUGAGCAAUCUUUGUUUAUUCACAGCAAUGAAUCAGCACGUUCUCUCACACGCAUUCUACCUUCUGACCUAUCUGUUGUUGCCCAGUGUGGCCACUGCAGCUCUGAAGUGUUUUCUCGGAUCACGGCUGCCAUUUCGGAGGAUGUUGUCAAGCUUGACUUGACAAGUUUCUAUCGGGCGUCACCGGGCAUCACAAGGCCUGGCAAUCCGGGUGCCGUGAGCCAGACUAUUCUUACAGCUUGUGGAUUUGCUUUACAAAAAUUGAAGCCUGACGAAGGACUUGAUAUUAUCUCUCUCUCUGAAUUGCACGGCAUGCAUGGCGAGCUGUAUCGGCCGGCGAUUGUCGAUUGGACUGAAUCGGAUGAAGUACCAGUUGAGAUCCAGACUGCAAGCUCAAUGAUAACACUAGAUGCGGAUAAAACAUAUCUCCUGGUUGGAAUGACUGGCAGUCUGGGCCAGUCAGUCUGCCAAUGGAUGGCCUCCCGCGGAGCUCGGUGUAUUGUCUUGAGCAGCAGGUCUCCUAAACUUGACCCCCAGUGGAUCGCAGAAAUGGCAAGCAUGGGAGCCCGUGUGAUUCCGUUAUCAAUGGACGUUACGAGCCGUGCAUCAGUGACCUCUGCACACGCCACUCUCUUUGCUCAGCUGCCCCCGGUUGGGGGAGUCAUCAACGGUGCUAUGGUACUCAAGGAUCAGCUCUUCGCCAAUGUCAGUCUUUCGGAUUUUCAAGCCGUACUCGGGCCGAAAGUGCAAGGAAGCCUUCUCCUCGACGAAUUCUUCGGCCAUUUCGACCUGGAUUUCUUCAUCCUUUUUGGGUCAGCCGCCGGACCGAUGGGCAAUAUAGGUCAGGCAGCCUAUUCAGCAGCCACACAGUUUAUGUCUGCGCUCAUUCAGCGGCGACGCGCGCAGGGCCGUGUCGGAAGCAUUAUUCACCCUGCAUCGAUUGAGGGAGUGGGCUAUCUCGCCCGCGCAGAUUCCGCUUUGCGUGACAUCCUCGACAGAACGAUGGGUAGCAGCAGUCCGAAAUUGUCCGAAAGUGAUCUGCAUGAGCUGUUCGCCGAAGCGAUCCUUGCUGGACGGGUCGACUCAGGCCGAAACGCCGACAUCAUCGCCGGGUUUGAGGUGACGGAUGCCGGUAAAAGUCCUGACGCAGUGUGGCUCCGUAACCCCAGAGCUUGGGGCUUCAUCGAUCAAAGUGGCAGCUCAUCUGGUGGGAAAUGCACUCGCAAGGACAGUGUGGACAUGAAAGCACAUUUGAAGGCAGCAAGGGAUAUAGAUGACGCCAUGCAGAUGAUCACAGCCGAGUUCAUUAAAGAAGUUCGUUCGAGACUGAGCCUGCCCGACGAGGAAGCUGUCACUCCAAGCCAUAUCCUGAGUGAGAUGGGGGUAGAUUCUCUGGUGGCGAUCGCGCUGCGCCAAUGGUUUGUCAAAGAGAUCGGUGUCGAACUACCCAUGUUGCGGUUCUUGGGCGGGUCAUCAAUCGGGGAGUUGGCUGGGGUUGCUGCGGUCCGCCUCGCUGAGGAGAACUUCUUCGACGAAGCGGAUGUUGGGCUCAAUAAUGGUGAUGAGGCUGGUUCGGAGAAGUCGCAGACAGAGGAGGCGAGCUUGGUUGAGUGGCCGUCUUCUGGAUCUAGCUGUGGCUAG